CGGGCGGGUCAUCUGUUGUCUGUGAUCGGUUAGAGAUUUUAAAAUACAAAACAACAGCCUUGGAUUUAACAGCAGCUGUAGGUUUCCAUAGGUUUAUCAAAAACAAUCCAGAUAGCUGGUAAAUGUGUUGCAUGUUGCAACUCUGCAAUGGUCUACGGCUGUAACUGAGAAACAAUAUAAUCUGCAGAUAAAGACUCAACACCUGAGCUGUCUGCUGGAAAAGUGAAGGAAGAAAGGAACGACAGACAAAACAAACACCACAAAAGAAGACAAGGAGAAACCAAAAAUGUUCAGAACAAUAACCCGUCUGCUUUUCGGUGGGGAGGAGGAGACCCAAGAGGUGAAGUCUGGAGAAGUGUUGGAAGAAGGAUGGCUUGUUGUCAGUCAUCAAGAGGCCGUCUCAGCUGAAAAACAAGGUGCAGAGCUGACUGACACAAGCCCCGCCCCUCACGGAGAUGUUGUUGCAAACAUAGAAACUGAUAACAGUGUGUUAGAUCCAGAGUCCACAGUUCAAAGCAGCAGCACCACCAGCCGGGUCAUCACAGGCUCUCUGUGUCAGCCUAAAGCGUUGCUCGAAGCCUCACAGUUAUCUUCCAUACAGAAAGCUAAGGCCUGGGCAGACAAACACCAUAUGACUCGUAAUGCCAUUCAGCGCCAAAACCGUGUACGCCAAGGAGUCCACCAUCACUCAUUCCCCCUCCAACAGCCAGGACAUCGCAACCUUAGCCACUGAGGCUUUGGUUGUUCACCUGCAAAAUGUUAGCGGGGAAAUAUCUGACAACACAUCAUAGUUAUUCAUGUUAAUUAUUCAUCUUUUAUACCGUUGUCUUUCACAGAAUUAAGCUAUACAUCUUAUCUUGAUGUAACCCAUUAUAACACUUGACAAAUGUUACCCAGCUAGCAGGCAGCUACAUUUGAACUUGUACUGUAUUUGAAAGAUGUACACCUCAUUAAAUGAGAUACACCAUGUUCUCCUGUUUGUGUGCAUGAGAUGUCAUACACUUGGAUGAGAAUGAAGCAGUGACAUGCAUUUACCUCUGUGAACUUAGUUAAAUAAACUUUAUAACUUAAAAAAACAAUAACUUUGUGCUUUACCUGUAUGUUGUUUAUCUUGAUAUUAAAUGCCCAAUUGUCCUUGAACUGCUCUUUGUGUGACAGAAGCAAAUGCUGAGAUCUCAUUGGCUGAAAGGUAAUUGCACCUUCUGUGUUUGAUUACAUGUUCAGCUGAGGGACGUCACACCAUUACAAUGAAGAGGCUUUGUGUUUUAAGGCAGAACACUGGAAAGAUGGAUAAUACUCCUAAAUCAAAACUUAACCGGCAAAUAAAAAAUAGUUACAAAAGCGUUGCUGCUUCAUCCCAUUUGAAUAAGAGCCCUUCAACGACUGACUUCACCUGUGACUUGAGUCAAAAUAACAAUGUCAGCAACCUCCCAAAAGAGGUUCCUCUUAAACAGCUGGUCUCAGGUAGCCAAGAAUUUCCAGACCAAAGCCUGUCAAAGCUCAAAGAGACCACCGAGGCCAGCUCCAGUAAGGCCUCACUCGUUCCUGUCUAUGCUGCAUUGAUCACCUUUGCUUUUGGAGUGACCAUUGCUUUGAUCCUACAAAUUUACCUGAGGCAAAUUCUGGUGUCCACAAAAGGUGUGUUAGUGUCGGAUCACGAGCUCUGCACUGCCCUGGGUCUGAAAGUUCUUCAUGACCAUGGAUCAAGCGUCGAUGCUGCCAUCGCUGCCGCCCUGUGUUUGAGUGUUGUGCAUCCACACGUGUCUGGAGUUGGUGGAGGUGGCGUGAUGCUGGUUCAUGAUAUCCAAAAGAACAAAACCAGGGUGAUAAAUUAUCAGGACACUGCACCUGAAACACUAAAAGAGGAAAUGCUACUAUAUUUUCCUAAGCUAAAUGCAGGUCUGCAAGUGGGAGUGCCAGGAAUGCUCAGAGGGUUGCAUCAGGCUCACAGCCUGUAUGGGAGGUUACCUUGGGAGGAUGUGGUCUACAGAGCUGCCUCUGUUGCCAAAGAAGGUUUCAAUGUCUCUCUCAGUCUUGCUGAGGCCAUAGAAAAGGUGAAGGGUGAGAAGCUUUCAAAGCGUUUCAGGGACAUUUUCUUUCCUGAUGGCCAGGCUCUACAUUUGGGUUUAAUCCUGAGGAUGCCUGGUCUGGCUGGAGUCCUGCAGGCUCCACUCUCAAACUUCUAUAAUGGAAACUUCUCACAGGAAAUAGAGGAUGAGGUGCGAGCUCAUGGAGGAGUCCUCAGCAGAAAGGACAUCAGUAAUUACAGUGUGCUGGUGGAGCGGCCAGUAGAGGGCCUAUUAAAUGACUCUAUUAUUCAAGUUCCUCCUGGCGCAGCACUGAUGUCAGAUCUCAACCUUUUGGUCGGCUACCAUCUCAAUGAGAACAAUAACACGAGAAGUCAGACACAGUUGGCGGGGCAGGUAGCAGUCAUUGGACCAGAUGAUCUCAUGGUGUCAGUUGUAAGUUCGUUAUGCAAGCCAUUCGGAAGCAAAAUUAUAACGCAGUCUGGCAUUAUUCUUAACAGUGCCAUACUUGACUUUUCCUGGCCAAACAAAACCAGAGGGCAACCAUUAACCAACCAGAAAAACCGAGUCCAGCCAGAAAAAAGGCCCCUGUUAUCCCCCAUGCCAACAUUAGUGGUGCCAGCAGGAAGUAAAUGUGGGGUCUACAUGGCAUUUAGCAGCUCAAUUGAACAACAGAGUUUGAAUAUGACAAUGAGCAGAGCAUUGUCCUUCCAUAAAGAGACAAAUGAAAGCAUCUACACGAGAAGACGUCAUCCCAAGCUUAGGUCAGAUGGAGUUCUUGUUGACUCCUUAACAGCUGUGUUCCCAGAAGAGAGUGCACAGGUCUUCCAAGAAAAGGGCCAGAAAGCACACUCUGAUGUUCAGGGUGUCUUAAGGAAAAAAGAUGUCAUUACGGCUAUAACGCUACCUCAGUUAUAUGAUAACUUAUUGUAGUCUUCUUCACUUUUUCUUAAACACCUUCCAGGACACAUUGGAAAAUCUCAGCAGAUGAUAGAUCUACUCUAAUGUUUUUUGUAAUCACCAGCCAACAAGUGCUUCAUGUAAAAGAAGGCAAAAAUGUAGAGUCAUGUAAUUGAUCUUCAAAACUGAUUAAAGGAAUAAUCUCUCCA